AUGGAGCAAGGCAGGGCUCGGUCGUUGCUCCGGGCGAGCGCCACCGACGCCGAUGCCGUGCGUCAGUACCUGCAGUCCAUCGAAGCAGACGAGCUAAACGGCCUAUUGGACGGCAUCGCCCCUCGCGACGCGAAAUGCGGCAAGAAGAAAAGCGAGUUCCUCGUCCAGGACGAUUGGCUGCCUUUAGUGCAUCUGCUGGUGCAAUGUGAAGCCACACGACUGCGCGCUGCCUCCAGAGUCAUCCAGGUAUUGCGUCGAGGCAGUCCCAGCGAGCUGGAGAGCAUGCAGCUGCUCACCGAGAUCAAUCUGGGCUACUCCAGUGCGCUGGACGAGCUCCAGGAGCUUCAGAAGAAGAAGAAGAAGAAGUUGCAGCACUCAGUCAAGAGGAAGAAGCUGCUGGACGAGAUCCACGUGGUGCUGGAAAUUGUCUUCAGCUUCUUAGAGGAAGUGGUGACCGACGCCAAGCCCAGUAAUGGCAAGGUGCUGCCACAGCUGCUUGGUCUGGUGCCUUAUUUUCUAGGGAUGAGUGGAGAGCUGAAGGACGAGACCAGGCCCAGUGAGAGCCUGGCCAAGCUGCUGGAGCUGCCGUGGAGCUGCCAGACGGUGCCCAGUCUACUGGACGCGCUGGUGGAGGACAGUGCGCUGAUGUCGAAGGAGAGUUGGCAACAGCUUCAGGUGCGGAGAGGAAGGAAAACGAGACGAUGA